AUGCUGCGGGAGGUCGCGCGCUCGAGUGUCGUCACACUCCUCGCUGUGGCAGCGAUCUUCCUUCCCUCGUUCCUCCUCUUCGGAAACGUUUCGCUCUGCCUUUCCCUGCCUUUCUUUCUCGCGCUUCUCUUUGUCUACUGCAUGCAACUCACGACGUUGUGUGUCUGGUCGGAAUCCUCAAAGUCUUCCCUUCUCUCAAGCUCGCGGGCUGGAAAUACCGGUCUUCUUUCGAAAACUCGGAGAUUUUUCUUUCCUUACCAAUUCGACGGUCGCCACGUCUUGAUCACUGGCGGCUCCAAGGGCAUCGGCCUUGCUCUCGCGCUGGCCUGCGUAAAGAAAAACGCGAAAGUUGUUUCUCUUAUCGCGCGCACGCAGUCCGCGCUGGAGGCUGCUCAGGCAGCAUGCCUGCAAGAAGCCAGAAAACAUAACUGCGCACUCGCAGUGCAGAUUCUCUCAGCAGAUCUGGCUGAUGCCUCCAAGGUGCAGGCCACGAUGGAAGAGGCAAUGAAUCUCAAGGGCAAGGUCCUGUUCUCCGCCGGAGCGUCGAUGGAGGAUCUCACGCAGGCGAGUGCGUCUGCGUCCCGCGAGGUGGACGGCUCGGUGGAAAGCGAGGCGUCUCUGUGCCCGGUCGACUUUCUCUUUUGCAAUGCGGCGGCUGUUGAGCCGAAGACGCUGGAAGCGAGCUCCGCCGCGAAGAUCUCGUGGAUUCUCGACAUGAACGUGAAGUCGACGGUUUUGCAGGUGAAGGCAGUGCUGCCAGCGAUGCGAAAGAGACGCUUCGGAUGCAUCUGCUUCACAAAUAGCAUCGGCGCGUUCGUCCCCAUCUAUGGCUUUUCUCUCUACUCCGCUACGAAGGCGGCCUUCUCAGCUUUUUUCACGGCGCUGGAACAGGAAGCUGCGGGAAACAACGUCCUCUUCGCGAACGCCUACCUCCCAUCCGUUGAUACCCCCGGCUUUCAGAGAGAGAAAGAAGUUAGGCCGGACGUCACAGCGAGGCUCGAGGGAGUGAUCGCCGUGCGGAACCCGGAUGACGUGGCGGCAUCUGUUCUGGACCAACUGGAACGAGGUCGAAAUUGCAUCACAGUUUGCGAAGAGGGAUGGCUUCUCGCGCGACGCGCUGCUUCCUUCGGCUACGCGACGUCGUUUGCUAAUCUCGUCUUUGAAGUUUUAGGCGCCGGCCUGGUCAGAUUGUACCUCGUUUGGCUGCGGGCCUCCUUCCAGUCUAUCGCAGCGCGAGAGGCGCAAACCAGCACUGCUGACGGUCAUGAAGAGCAAGACUCAAAAAAAAAAACACUGAGCUUUGAGGGCGCUCUGGUGUGCCUCUUUGGUUCGCACCUCGCCUCGGUGCGGGCUGACAGCAAAGUGAGUCACCGGCGAAGGCGGUGA